GUGGAUGAUUACACAUUUUCAUUUGGCAACAGAGGCAGGAGACGGAUCGCCAAAUCUGUCUUUGAUGGAUUUAGAGACUUCCAAGCUGAGGCUCGACAACAAGAAGAGUCUCUAGGUUUUGUCACUCCCAGUUCCAGUGGUAGCAGCUCAGAUCCUGUAUUUUUAAAUAGCUCAAAGAAGAAAACUUUGGAAGAUUUAUUCAGGCCACCAAUUGAUCUCAUGUUCAAAGGAUCAUUCCAUUCAGCUUGAGAACAAGGCAGCAGUUCCAAUAAAUGGCUGAUGGUGAACAUCCAAAAUGUCCAGGAAUUUUCAUGCCAGGUGUUAAAUCGGGAUAUCUGGAACAAUCAUGCUGUUAAAACAAUUAUAGAAACUCACUUUAUAUUCUGGCAGGUUUAUCAAGAUAGUGAAGAGGGGAGAAAGUACAGGCAGUUCUAUAAAGUCUUAGAUUGGCCUUACGUUGCGAUAUUGGAUCCACAGACAGGUGAAAAUAUGGUUAUCUGGAACAAACUCGAUGCUGUCUCAUUUUGCGAUAAAGUAUCAAGUUUCCUGUCCGAACACCCUUCCCCAAAUGGUACCUCUCCUAGUCCAGUUAAAUGCAAAGAACGCUCAAGUAGUAUCAUUGACCACAGUGAAGAUUCUCAGAUGGAAGCAGCAAUAAAGAUGUCACUAGUGCAAAAUGUAAGCCCAAAUAAGGACAUUCAUAUCAAAUCACAUGACUCUGAUAGCCAAUCAGAAUGCAGUGAUUUAGAGACCUUUACAGAUUCUGAUACAGAAGUGACUAACAGCCCAGUUAAGACUAAAAAACAGACAUCUUGCUCAAGAUCUCAACCAUCUUCCACUGUAACCAAGUCAUCACUAAAACACAAACCCACUACUGAAAAGGAAACAAUAAAUACCUCGAAAGACACUAACUCAGAAAUCAACCACCUGAAUGGAGAAGAUGGCGGGAAAAAGGAGACAUGGCGGGAAUACCUCGGAAAUGAAUCGGAUGAAAGUAGCAGUUUAGUGCUCAGAUUUCCGGAUAACCAUAAAGAGCAAUUAACUAUGCCGGCUACAUCUCAACUCAUGGCGCUGGUUCAGUACGUCAUACACAAAGGAUACUCAAAUGAAAAAUAUGAACUUGUAACAAACUUUCCACGAAGACGUUUAUCUUUACUCAAUUAUGACAUCACACUCAAAGAAGCCGGACUAUUUCCCCAAGAAGCUGUUUUUAUACAAGAAAGGUGAUACAGUGUAACACCCCUACGCUAGAAUGAACUUUCCCAAAAAUAUAUUGGAAGAGUCCAUCCAUAAUAAUCCGAGUAGUAUGAAGGGGUGGUAGGUGACUGUUUAAUGAAACAGCAAGUAUCAAAAUGGAAUCAGUUGAAAGUAGAAAUUUUGUCAAA